UGAAAUAACUGUCUAUCAAAAUUGAUGUUCGUAGCCGGAAUAUGUACUAUUUUCAAUGAUUCUUUGGUUGUUGCACGGCAGCAGCGCACCCGUUAUAUAUAUCGGCAACAGCCUGGGGCACGUUGCUAGGCGGAAUUUGUGGUACCAUUUUAAAUGGCGACAGCCCCAAAACGAAAAGGCGACCCAGGCGCAGUGAUUGGUGCAAGUUCUUCCCAGGAUCUGGCCACUGAUACGAACUCGGGGCGUCGGCAGGAGCAGAAGGUGUACACGUUCAAUAACGAGAAGCCGCCGCAGCAGGCCAAGACCAGUCCCUCUGGCGGUGCCGUUCCGGCCAAAGUCGAUGAGAAGGCCAAGCCACAGAAGACGAUACUCGAGGAGCAUGGCAUCAUAUUGGGCAAGGUGAUUGGCACCGGCAACUAUGCGAAGGUCAAGAUCGGCUUCUCCGAGGAGUACGGCAAGCGGGUGGCCGUCAAGAUCAUUUCGAAGGUCAAGGCACCGCCGGAGUACACGCAAAAGUUUCUGCCGCGCGAAAUCGAGGCGGUGAAGGGACUGCACCAUGACAAUCUGAUAACCUUCUAUCAGAGCAUAGAGACGAGUCAUAGAGUAUAUUUAAUUAUGCAGCUGGCAGAGAAUGGCACACUGCUGGACUAUGUGCGUGAGAAGAAGUUCCUGGACGAGACGCAGUCACGGAAGCUAUUCAGGCAGCUGAUCAGCGCCGUCGAGUAUAUACACAGCAAGGGCGUGGUCCAUCGGGACAUCAAGUGCGAGAAUCUGCUGCUGGACGAGGACUGGAAUCUGAAGCUAAUCGAUUUCGGAUUCGCACGCAAGGACACGCGCUCCUCCGACAAUCAGGUGGUGCUCUCGAAAACGUUUUGUGGCAGCUACGCCUACGCCAGUCCCGAGAUACUUAAGGGCGUUGCCUACGAUCCCUUUAUGUCCGAUAUCUGGGCCUGUGGCGUCGUCUGCUACGCCAUGGUCUUUGGCCGCCUGCCCUACGACGGCUCCAACGUGCACAUACUGCUGAAGCGCAUCAACCAGUCGCUGGUGUUCCCCAAGACCCCGCCGGCCACCAGUGAGUGCAAGCACAUGAUAAUGCAUGUGCUGGCGCCCGUCAAGAUUCGAUAUAAUGUGCCGCAGGUGAAGGAGGAUCCCUGGUUCACGAGCAAGUAGUAAAAGAUCCAGCCAGUUGCUGCCGUGGCAGCAACCAAGUGGAGCCAUUCCAUCCAUUUCAAAUUAACAGUCAAUUAAAUACAAAUAAAUGUUUUUACGACAAGUUA